AUGGCCUUUCUUCAAGGCCUUGCCCACGGGGCGUAUGAGGUAGCCUCGUCUCCGGUACAAUUUCGUGACAGCACAGUCGUGUAUGGGCUUUCUGCAUCAAUUAUCUUCGCGUCGCUCAUGUUGUCAUCUAUCUUCAAGGCACGUGUCUACGAGCUUUUUACACAUUCACAUCGUGUCUGUGCCUUAGGUCUAAUAUUCGCAACUUGGAGGCACAUUUACAACAAGUCAGCACUAUCUAUAUGGUGCAUCGCCGCUGCCGCUGCUGUAUAUGCCGCUACUUUCUUGAUUCAGGUCUUACGGAUAGCAGUCCGCAAUCUAGCAUUUUCCAGAGGUGCAGAAUGUUUGAUCAAUUACCAGGGGAAUAAUUUAGAGGUCAUUGUGUUUCCAGCUCGCCCAUGGACGGUGCGAGCUGGAGAGAGAGUCAAUCUCAGUAUCCCUAGUGCAGGGCUGAUGUCUGCCUUUAAAAUGCACCCUUUUGUGAUUACGCGGUGGGAUAACAAUGAGUUGGGGGAAAUGGAAUCAUUCACGCUGCUCGUGAAACCGUGUUCAGGAUUCACCAACAAGCUGAAGAUGUUAUCUAGCACUCGUCAUAGGGCCUGGAUUGACGGUCCAUACGGGCCGGACCGAGGAAUGCGCACACCUAUAUCUGACUAUGGUCAUAUCUUCAUGGUUGCAACAGGAAUUGGUAUUGGGGCUCAAACCCCUUACAUCAAACAGCUCUUAGAGGGCUAUCGGCGCGGAGUUUCCGAGAACUACAAGUUGCUCGCAUAUGAGCAUUUUCGAGUACGCAUAUUCGAUCCUUCUCUACGGUCGUCUCAAGAUUCACAUGACGUUGGUCAGCACGAGUUGAUCAAAAUUUGGGGUGGAAAUGUUGAUUGGCGAGAGGAACCGAGAGAGGAAGUGCAAAAGCAGGUGGGCAAUAUGUUGAUUACAGGUACAGCCGAGUUCCCAUCCAAGUAA